AUGACCGGUUGUUACCCGCGUCAACGUCGUUACGUAAAGGGAAAAGAGCAAGGACCUUAUGGUCAGAAAAGUUUUCUCUGUCCCAUCAGUUUAGUGGCCAAAGUGAGUUUGAAAAAUGUCCGAGACCCACUGAAGGAAGCGGCUUCACAAAGAGAGAAAGAGACCUCCAGCUUCGCUAAUGCCCGCUCUUUCAGUCUGAGUUGCUCAGUGUUCACCGAGUUGAAGAAGGAGAUUGAAAAAUGUUGGACGGGCUGCUCGGCCGUGGAUUUGCCGCUAAAUGGUUUUCCCUCAGAUCCCUCCCUCUCUUUUAAAUCGUUGAUUAAAUUGACGAAAACUCGGAUCGAUGUGAUACGGAGGAAGAGGAACGCCACGCAGAAGUUUUUGAGGAAAGAUAUCGCUGAUCUACUCGCCAAUGGCCUUGAUAUUAAUGCUUUUGGAAGGGCUGAUGGACUCACAGCGGAGGUGAUACUUUCGUCGUGUUAUGAUUUCGUGGAGCGAUGCUGUGAUUUGGUGCUGAAUCAUCUUUCAGUCAUGCAGAAACAAAGCGAAUGCCCUGAGGAAUGUCGGGAACCUGUAUCAUCACUGAUGUCUGCUGCAGCAAGGUUUUCUGAUUUACCAGAAUUGCGUGACCUUAGGCAACUAUUUCAAGAGAGAUACGAGAAUUCUCUGGAGUAUUUUGUGAAUCAAAAGUUUGUUGAGAACUUAGCUUCAAAGCCUCCUACAUUGGAGAAGAAGGUUCAGUUAAUGAAAGACAUAGCAUUGGAAUUCUCAAUAAAGUGGGACUCCAAGGCCUUUGAACAGAGGAUGUCUAAACCUCCUGCAUUUAUACAGGAAAAGCCAAAAACUUACGGAUCUUCCCAUGUUCCUGAUGAUAAAGGCAAAUUGUCUAAUGGGGCAUCUGCAGUCCCAAAAGGAGAUAAGCAUAAUAUUUUGCCUACAGAAAGGAGGCUUGAUGCCCACAAAUUACACAAUGACAAGGGCGGUACUGUGUUGAAGACGGAUGAGCACAAUCAUCAGACUAGGCAUAGACUCGUUGGAAAAGAAUACAAGUCUCUCAGUGGCAGGGAAGAUACGGUUGUGGAAAAAAAUGGGCAUGGAAUUAUGUUCCAGGAAAGGCAAGAAGUUGUUUCUCACAAAUAUGAAGCAUGGAAUGGAAAGGAGGAUGCUCCCCCAAAGUCAGUUGGAUUGGGCAGUUCAUCUCAGGCAAAAGGACAGGAAAGGCAUCAUGGUAGGGAGAACAAUGUUCCUAAAAGAGACUGCCAUGAAGCUUUACCUCAUGUAAAGCCAAAUGUUGCUGGAUCGCAUGUGAAAAGCAAUGGUAAAGGCUCAUUUGCUGAUGACAAUUAUGGUGGCCAACACAAUGAUGCAAGAUUAGCAAGUAAAGAAGAAGAAAAACCUAAAGUGAAGAAUUAUGGCAUCCCUCCUCCAUAUAUGAAACCUAAUGUCAAAGCAAAAGGUAGAAAACAUGAAACCACUUCUGGUUCUUCACAUCGUAGUUCUGGUAAUGAUGGCAUCACUAAGGAUCCUGUAGCGUAUAACAUAGCCUUUGUUGAUAAUAUACUGGGAGGAGCACAAGAAGGAUCUGAUGAUGAGGGUGAGAGGCGUGCUGCUGCAAAGGUUAAUAAUCACGAUCUUGAGAAGGAUCACGCUCAUCGGGAUGAUGCAUCUAGCAACCACAUACCAAAACCAAGAUCAGCUAGGAGGAGACACUCAAGAUCACGUUCCUCUCACAAUGAUGCCGGAAACAGUGAAGAUGCAGAAGUAGCAAUGAGACAAUCCAGAAGCAGGAGAAGGGAUGAGUCAAGACGAGGCCUGCAACUGUUGUUUGAUGAUGAGCACGGUAAGAAAGAUGAAGAAGAGAGGAGAAUCGAUGAACUGCUGAUUCACUACAGUAAAAAGCCAUCCAACUUUGAACCAGAAAUGUCAAGAAGAAAGUCAAAAAGUCGUCAUCCACAUCAUGCAGGCACUGGUGUUGGUGAAUCUCCAAGGCACGAAAGCAGAGAUGAGUCAGAAGUGGCAACCCCAGCAAGAUCGGUUUCCCUUCCUAAUAAACAUAGCGGUCCAUUAGAGGCAGCCAAAGUAUAUGCUCGGGCGGCUUCCUUUCAACCAGAUAGGUCCAACCCAGCUCGGCAUGUGCAUCCCAAGUUGCCAGACUAUGAUGAUUUGGCUGCCCAAUUUGCAGCACUAAGAGGAAGGUAG